ACAAAACGCCAGAGAGAGGAGGGAGAGAAACGGUUUGAAAGCCGGUAAUUAGUGACGUGCCUUCCCACCGAGGAGAGCAGACGCCGCUGGGAGGGAGAGCAGCCCGGUGGCGGAUGAACAGGGACUCCGUGAAACCACCGGGGCGAUGAGGAGAGGAGACGACGGGCGACAGAAAGCCUUCUGCCGCAGAGGAAACCCAGAUUAGGCUGAUUUGACAAACCGGCAUCCCCUGUGCGUGCACACCGCGUCACCUCUCCUGCGACUUCCACCCACCGCGACCACCCAGCAGGUUGGCGGUGCAGGGUGGAGCUGGACGCACGGACAGCCGGCAGGAUCCUGCUCCGAUUAGAUGAUCUCCGUCAUCACCGGCUCUGGCCCCUGUUUAGCGGAUGAGCGAGCCCCGGGGAGAGGGGCGCCCCUGUGACCGGAGGAGGGUUGGAUUCUCCCCGGCUGGUGACCUGCUGCUCCGGGGAACACCGAUGCGUCCGGCAGCCCCUGAUGCUCGGCAGUGCUCCGGGGCUUUCCGGUCGGUGGGAGAGGCUCGAGCCGCGGCCGCGCGCUAGGAUGUUGCGCCAGGUGUUGCACGCGGGCCUGAGGACCUCCUUCCACGCGCUCGGCCGGUUCGUGGCGAGCCACCCGGUGUUCUUCGCCUCGGCGCCCGUGCUCCUGUCCAUCCUGCUUGGGGCCAGCUUCAGCCGCUACCGCGUGGAGGAGGAUGUGGAGAGCCUGCUCGCGCCCAAGCACAGCUUGGCCAAGAUAGAGGGCAACCUGGUGGACAGCCUGUUCCCCGUGAACCGAUCCAAGCACGCGCUCUACUCUGACCUGCAGACGCCGGGACGCUACGGGCGCGUGAUUGUCACCACCAGAAAGGGGAGCGUGCUGGACCCGGUUCAUCUGGACACCAUAUUGAAGCUCCAUAAGCGGAUCUACCAGAUGCAGGUGACGGUCCCGGCCACGGGCGCCAACAGCUUCAACUACUCCUUCUCCUACCUCUGCCUCCCUGACGACAAGAACGUGUGCAUCAUCGAUGACAUUAUUCGCGCCAUGGAGGAGAUCCAGUCAGCCCGCACCUCCAACCGCUCCGUCCCCAUCCUGCGGUACCCGAUCACACAGCUGGCAGACGGGCGCCAGGCGUACAUUGGCCACCAGCUGGGUGGCGUGCAGGGCUGGGGGCCCAGCGGGGCGGUGCGGGGUCCUGGGACAGGAGCCAGGGGAGAAGGUGUGCGUUCUGCGAGGGCGCUGCAGCUCACCUACUACCUCCAAGCCCGCGGUGGCCUGAUGGAUCGGGUGGCCAGCCAAUGGGAAAAGGCCUUUUGUGCUGAGUUGCAGCAUUUUGCAGCGUUGCACCCUAAACUCGGCUUGUACCCGUCAACUUCCUCGUCUCUGAGGACAGACUUCCAGUUCUCUUCAGUGCUGGCGCGCCGCCCCCUGUUGGCCAGCCUGGGGGCGUGCGGUGUGCUGGCCGUCCUCUGCUGCUCCAUGAGGGACUGUGUGAGGUCUAAACCCUGGUUGGGACUGUUGGCUCUGCUGUCAAUCACACUGUCGGGCCUCACUGCUGCUGGGAUCCUCAACCUGACCGGGGCCACCUACAACUCCACGUACCUGGGCAUCCCUUUCGUCAUGCUCGGUCAUGGGCUCUUCGGCUCCUUCGAGAUACUCUCAUCAUGGAGGCGAACCCGUGAGGACCAACAUGUGAAGGAACGCGUGGCGAGCGUCUUCGAAGACGUCAUGCUGCGCUUCUCUGGCUCCACCAUGCUCCACCUGAUGACCCUGGGCCUGGCCGCCUCGCCGCUCACUAACAUGGAGGCUGUCCGUCUCUUCUGCCGCACCGCCGCCUUGGCCGUCACCAUCAGCUACGUUUACAUGUUGUCCUUCUACAGUUCCUGUCUCGUGUUCACUGGAUACUUAGAGACCGGCUACAGACACGGCUGCUUCUGCCGGCGGGUCCCCAAACCGGACCGGCUGGACUCUAAACCGGCCUGGUACAGGUGUCUCAUGUACACCCGCUACCAGGAUGAGGCGCAGACAACCAACCCGCCACAAGGGGUCGCUCACAGUCAUGCUCACACGCCAAACUCCAACCUUACUCACACACAUGCACACACACACCCGCACACAGUUAACAACCCCGCUGCACACGGACACGGCCAUGUAGCUAACUCCACACAUGCACAUCCACACCCACACACACAUUCCACGGCCAACACGGACCCUCAUCCUCAGGACUCGCACCUUUUGCUGGGGUGUGUGAGGCGUUGCUAUGGAGACUGGAUCACUAACACUUAUGUCAAACCGUUUGUGGUCCUGCUGUAUCUGGUUUACAUCUCAUUUGGAUUGAUGGGCUUCCUGCAGGUGACCCAGGGUUCAGACCCCAGUGCUCUGGUUGCCAUGGAUACAGCGACAGUAUUGUACACCCGUGCCCAGCAGCGUUACUUCAGCUCGUACUCCCCAGUCAUUGGAUUUUACAUCUAUGAAAGCGCCCCCUACUGGAACGCCUCAGUGCAGCGGGACCUGCUGGAAUACGCCAAAGGCUUCCAGCGAAUCAGCUGGCUGGAAGCGUACCUGAACUACCUGUCAGAUCGCAACGAGUCCACCAGCCAGCCACGGGAAAACUUCACCCACACGCUCCGCCACUCUUUCCUCCGCGAGCCGCAGUUUGCUCACUUCGCAGACGACAUCAUAUUUGCAGAGCGUGGUCAAGGCGAGGAACCAGACGUGGCAGCUUCCCGAAUCUUCCUGGUGGCCAAGACGACGGAGAACAAGCGGGAGGAGAUGUCAGUGCUGCUGGACACGCUGAGACGCUUGUCGCUGACCUCACGUGUCCGCUUCUUGAUCUUUAACCCCUCCUUCGUCUACCUGGACCGCUAUGCUGCUGCGGUCAGCUCCCCCCUCAGACACUCACUGCUGGCGGUGCUCUUCCUGUUAGGUCUUUCCUCGCUGGCCGUCGUGGAGCCGCUGGUCUCCGUGUGGCUGGGCCUCACCCUGCUCUCCGUUCAGUUUGGGGUGCUCGGCUUCAUGACCUUAUGGGGUGUGGAGCUGGACUGCAUGUCUGUGUUGUGUCUGAUCUCCGCCUUGGGGCACUCGGCGGACUGCAGCGGCCCCCUCCUGUGCGGUUUCGCCUCGGGUCGGGGUGACAGCAGGACUCGCUGGGUGAGAGUGGCGCUGGAGAGACACGGCGUUCCCUCUUUACAGACGCUCAUCUGCUACAGCGCCGCCCUGGUGCCUGUUGGCUCUGUACGCUCCAACCUCACACGCACACUGUUUCGCUGCCUCACCCUCACGGCCGGCUGCUCGGCUCUGCACACGCUCGCUUUCCUGCCCACCCUCCUCACUUUCCUGCCUCCCUCCAAGAGUCGGGGACACCGGCCUGACGGAGAGGGGCAGCGGCAGGAGGUGGAGUGUGUUGAAAUGAACGACAGCACUCGAGUGGUCGACCAGAUCACCACUGUCUGAGCACAGGAUGAUGAUGUUUUUUGGUCCUGUCGGCUAGGAAUUGAUUUGUUGUAGUCUGAGCUGCAUGCUGCAGACAAGAAUGUCGAUCCUUGAGACGAGAGGAAGAAAUGGCGAGUGUCGCUCCGAGAAAGAAAAAUAGUGGUAGAGGGUCAAGAGGAAACCGUAAAGGAGAGUGGGAGGCAAGCGAAGACAAGAAGAGAGGUUUCCAAUGCAGCGUAUCCAUGGUUACCUGCUUGUUGCCAGUGCUGAGGGGCAUGUGAAUGAGCUCUUUUGCAAACAGCCAAUCAGAAGUUGAGGUUCAGCCGAGGUCAGGUCUUGCUGUGACGUUAUCACAGAGGAAGUGCCACUUUUUUUUUUUUUUUUUUUUUUUUUUUUCACGUCUCCAAAAAGUUGCUUUAGAUCUGAUCACACUGUUUGGCUACUGCUAUCUGUCCGCCAUAUCAAGUUGCACAAAUACAGCUACAAUGACA